GAUAAUUUCCAGGUAGAGGUAUCGCCGCCUUACACCUGGGUGAGAUUCGCGCUUGCGUGAUUUUCGAGCUUGCAAUUCAAACUUUCCAGUAGACAGUAGAAUACAUAAAGGUGAGCAUCAAGAACAUAUCACGAUGGUAUUGAAUCGGCGAAUCGGGGAUACCAAUGCAGAAGAAUCCAAGUCAUCUACUUAUCAGCGUUUGAUGGAGACGAGUACGACGACCGGACGACGAUGGAAUUUAUCUGACGUCUCAACACACCGCGAGAGCAUCAUCGGCGUAACAAGUACGAGUGGUCAACAGCAAAAGCUCCCCACCUUCUACGAGCCCACCACUCAUCAAAAAGUCCAUCGGAUCCUUACUGAACAUAAAUCCAAGUCAAGAAGUCGAGAAAGAAACUCGAAAAGCUCUUCAUCAGUUUGUGAUCUUCCAAACUACGUUGUUGCUUCCAAAGGAAAUUUAUCACCCGGCUUUUUUGCGUUACGAGAAAGCUGUUCGAAAAAUUGUUCAACUUUAUCUGGAAAAGAAAAGAAGUGUUCUGAAUCUCCAUUAGCUAAUAGUCGUGCCAAUGAUUUUGUGAGAACUGGUAAAGUUCAUAAAUCUAGUUCGAAUAACUGGGAACGAAAAGGUGAAUCAGAUAAGUCUUCCUCAAGACCAAAAAGUGGAAAACAUAUCACCAAGUCUUCCAGUGUACCAAUAAAUCUAAAAGAAGGAUUAGGAACUGGUCCACCUGAUAAAACAUCAAAUGAUAAGACAUUAAAAAAAUCGUCAUUUGAAAAAAUUGUAGAAAAUAAAAGUGAAGUGAAUUCAACAUCUACCAAGAAGAAGAGUAAUUCAUCCAAUUCACGUCCUAAUCGUCCAGUGAUUAAUUUUAAAAAAUCUUCAAGUCGUCAUACGUUGAAUUCAGAAAGUGUAGUGAAACCAAACACUAAAACUUCAUCAAUUGAUUGGUGUGAAGCAAGAAAAAAAGUGUCUUUUAGUUCUGAUACAAGUUUUACUGAAAAAAAAAUAUCAAAAAAAUCAACAGCAAUUCAUGAAUCUAAAAUUUACCAUAAGGGUGUCUUGAGAGACAUCAGCAGUACUAAUCCCAAGAAGAGAUCAUUUAAAUCCGCUUCUGGAGAAACAAUGAGCCAAACACUUUUACGAGCUGCUCGUGAUGCUGAUGAAUUUGCUCUCAAUGACAUCAUAUCAAGGAUACGAAGGUGUAAUCUCAGUUCUAUCGAUGUUAAUAUCACCGAUUCAAGUGGCAGGAGUGCGAUAAGCUACAUGGCGGGUAAUGGAUCAGCAGAUGUACUAGAAAUUGUUCUAUCUUACUCCAAUGCUAAUCCAAAUCUUCCGGAUAAUGAAGGCAAUACACCACUCCAUUUUGCAGCUCAAGCUGGACAAGCUGAGUGUCUAAAUAUUCUUCUUCAAAAGAGUUCAGGUAUUGAACUUGAUGCUCGUAAUGUCCUUGGCUUCACUCCCCUCAUGAAGGCUGCUCUUCAAGGCCGAACUAAGUGCGCCAAAAUUCUCCUGUUUGCUGGAGCUAAUCCAACUUUAAGGGACCACGGAAGAGGUUUUCGAGCGGAACAGUGGGCAAGGUUCUGUGGUCGACACGUCUGUGCUGAGGUAAUUGAAAGAUUCACUAGACACAAACUUAUCGAGAAAUCUUCUUGUCGGUGGGGCAGUGAACCAGAACUUGCAACCAAAGUACUUCAAGGAAAAAUUAUUCCAGUACCGUUGAACCAACCAUCAGCAGCAUCAUCUGGAUUAAAAUCUAGAAUAAAACGAGUUUUUAGAAAUCCUCAUUCUGAUAAAAGCUUUUCAUUGGUUUCGCAAUUAACUAAUGCAGCUCUUUGCGCCAGUUCUCCAGUACUUCCAAAACCAGGUGAUGUUUCUUCUGCCAAAGAUGUUAUUCGUCCUUUAAAUGUACCACAAUUAAGAAUAACUUUAGUCGCUUCAAUGGAUAUUCUAGAAAAGUGUGAAGUCAAUUAUUCAGAACCUGAAACGGCAAAACCAUCCAGAGUAAAGAAAAAAAAUACAUAGCAUCUAUUGCGAUCACUGAAAAUGGUAAAUUGUUGUGGAUUACAUAAUACCUCCGUGAUUGAAGAGAUAGAUAAGUUUAAAGCUCGCUGGACAAACUUAAGCUAAUCCAGCUGGUUUAUAUUCGUUGACUAUAAAUCAUUGUGGCUUCCUUGGUCUCCUACAAACGUUUCUCAGACUUUAUGACUGACUGAUCAAAUUUUUCCAAGUCUUUACAUUGUAACGUAUAAACAUUCUCUAACUAUCUUUAGAUUAUGAAAAUAUUAAAAGCUUCAGCUAAAUUUUUUCGUUACAUCAUCCUUCAAGUACAGUAUGAUCAUUUAUCACUACUUAUUAAUUUACCAAUAAUCACAAUAAUAAUUAUGAUCUAAAUAAGUAAUAUAACAAAAAACUGAUUUUGAAUAAAAUAUUUUCAUAUAAAAAAACUCAUCAGCAAAGAAUUCUCUACUAAAUGAAUAAUAAAUAAUUAUUAUUGAAAAAUCAAUUAUAUAAUAAUCAAGUCUUUAAUGAAAAUAAUAUAUAUAAAUAUAUGCGUACGAAUAUAUCGUUUUUAUCUAUAAAAUUAUUAAAAUUGUGCAUUAGCACGGACGGAAGUUUAUCAGAUACUAAAGUAGGCUAAAAAAAAUUUCCUAUGCUCAGUAUCAUCCAGCACGUCGAUUUCGUCGUUGUCGACGAUUUUUUGUACUCGACAAAAUUUCAUAAGCCUGUUGAAUCUCCAUGAACCUUUCUUGAGCCGCUCUUCGUUCCUCAUCAGAACCUUUCACCUUGUCAGGAUGAUAUUCUUUGGAUAGACUUCUCCACUUGGCUGUGAUUUCACUUUCUGAGGCAGUUUGUGAGAGACCUAGCACCUAGAAAAAUAACAUUUUAGAUAGAAUAAUUCAAUUUAUUUCUGUAACAAAUAUAAAAAUAUUAUUAAGAUUUCUGUAUAAAUAGUUGAUUUCUAUAAAAA